GACCGUUGCGUCAUUUCCGGUAGUGUGUGUGUGUGAGUGUGAUGGCGGUUGUGUGCGCGCUCCGUGUAUAUCGCAGUGUGUUAAAGGAGCUUCGGCAUCUGCAGGGCUCCGAAUACACACAAUCCAUGGCCUACACACACCUGAGAGAGCAGUUCAGAAACAACCAGGUGACAGGUGAGCGUUACUGCCGUGCUCAGAGAGAGGCCUUGCACACCAGUCAGGUUUACCUGUGUCUGCUGGAAUCCACACGCCUCCACUUGGAUCUUCAUCAGCAGUACCACGCACGGGGCGAGCGUGGGCCAGAUGAAGUGGCCAGACUGGUGGGGCUGCGACUGCCCACACAGCCAGGCGGCAAGGGCUGGGAGAAGUGACGAAGAGGAGAAAAGAAUGAAGAAGGAUGGUGGACUAGACUUUAAGCUGGUCCUGAGGCUCUGAUUGAAGGGAAAGAAUAAGAAGUCUUUUAUUUCACUGACUGCGAGUGAAUCUCGGAUGGCUCCAUACUGCCUAUAGAGUGGCCAUUCAGGAUUCAGCUGUAGUCUCUAUUGGAUAUGUAAUGCACUGUUUGGGCGUAAAAGCCAUAGCUUCAAGACAUACUGCACUGUAUAGGAAGUAGGGAGCCACUAGAGACGUAGCCUGUCUUGCUAAGGCUCCUGUGUUGCUGUAAAUGAGCAGAUUUCUAGAUGUUUGUCUUCACUGGAAAAUUAACUAAAACAUUUUUGUCGCUCCUUUA